CCAGACCCGCAACGAAAACAAACCCAUUUUGAUACUGGCCACAUUCACCUCGAUCGCCAUUGGUAACGGUUGUGUCAACAAAACUUUUGUUUACAAAUGGCCACUGGCGAUAAAUUCAAAGUUCCUCUGCCAUAUGAUGUGGAAGUAUUAUUAGUUUAGUUUAAUAUUAGUUUUCAGUGAUGGGUAAUUGUUGGGCGAAUGUUACCCGCCGCCGGAGCGUGCAUAGACGUAUAGUGUUAAUAUUAAUAGGUUUAGACAACGCGGGAAAGACUAAAACCGUGAACAAUUUGGCAGGAGAGAACGAUGAUAAAGUUCUGCCGACCGUAGGUUUUAAGGCUGUUAAUUUGAUUCAUAAGGAUACGCCUGUGACUAUUUACGAUUUGGGUGGAGGGCCGCAUUUUAGACAAAUAUGGUCGCAGUAUUAUAGCGAGGUACAUGGGGUUAUAUUUGUGAUCGACUCAAGUGAUUUUUCACGGUUAGAUGAAUGCCGUGCUGUGUUGGAAGAAGUGUUAUCGCAUGAUAAAAUAUCAGGCAAACCAAUACUGGUGCUAGCCAACAAACAGGACAAGACGGGCGCGCUGGACGAUAUAGAUGUUGUCGAGAAACUCAACAUAGAACCGCUUGUUAACAAAUACCGAUGUCCAACCCUAGUGGAAUCCUACACCGCCGAAACGGAAACUAAAAAGAAAAAGCCAAAAAUCGACCCCGGACUAAAGAAGGGUUACCACUGGCUCCUCAACUACAUCGUUCGUCGUUACGGAGACAUCAACCUGCGCGUGCAGACAGACAUACACGCCGAGCUGGAGAGGAGGCGGCUGCAGAGUAAAGCUAGCCAGACUUUUACGGCUGACAGCGAAAACACGCGAACUGGCUUCGAAAAUCCAAACUACAAUCUCGAGACCAAGGACUCCGAAGGUGUCAUAGUGGUCAAGCCGAUAUCCAUCAAAACGGACAGUGUGGAUACCACAGUUACCAUUGAGAGUGUCGACAAGCCAAAAUUAUCGCCGCUUUUUGGUCGAGCUAGUACAGAGACGAUGCCCGUGGCAAGGGUGGAGUUGGAGCCUCGAGCGGAAUUCAGAAAGCUGUCACCAAUCGCCCGAAACAGGAGCGGCGUCAACCACAUCGACUUUAUGAACAGACCACAUUCUAGUCCCACUAAGAAGAUGAAGGUUGAGCCUUUGAGUCAAAACUCAUCUCUAGAUUCAGAAGAGAAAACGGCCCGGGAGCCGGAGCGACCACGCCGUGUUAUCAGAGACGGAGAAAUUAUGCGGAGAGAAAUAUUACUCGCUGACCGAAAUUGCAACAAAACCGCCUGCUCCGACGUGACUCCGGUGCGGGAGGCGGCCACGCUGCCGGCGGGCGCGGGGGGUGCGGGGGGUGCGCGGGGUGCGGGGGGCGCGCGGCCCGCCUCCGCCUCGCAGCUCGUGCGGCGCCAGCUCGAGGUGUCGGCGCACAGGCGGCGUCUUAGUCUGCGCUACGUCCGUAACAAGACUAGCCCGGAGCCCGUGUCCAUGUUGGUGUACGAACCAAAAAAGAGACACCUCGACAAGGGGGACUUCCAGCACGCCACCAACUGACGCAGGUAGUAAAAAAUUUCUGCUGUGAUGGGUCCAGUGAUUGACAAGUAUUUUAAUGUUAAAAGGUUGUAUUUACAUCUUUUUCUUUAAGCAGACGUUCUUUGUUUUGUUAAAAUAAAUUUAAAUGAUUAUUAUAAAGAAAAA